AUGCCUUCAAUAGGACCGGCCUUACCUGCAAACGUAUCCAAACGUAGUCGCGACCAUGACGAGGACCGCACAUCGAGCCCAGACGCCAGCGACAAACGCCGCAGAGUUAUAGGACCAGCUCCUCCGCGUACAGUAGGACCUUCAUUACCACCAGAUGCAAUUUCGCGAUCAACCAGCCCCGAUAGCGAUGUUGGUCCAGCACCUCCACAGGCCUCCAAGCCUGCGCGCGUCGUGGGACCAGCCCCGCCGCCAGCGCCUCUCGACCAACGGCCGUCAAACCCACCCGACGACGACUCAGAUAGCAGCAGCGAUGACGACUUUGGGCCAGCGCCCCCUCCUGCUGGCGUGAGCUACACAAGUUACAACAAUGGAGACAAUCGACCAGCAAAAUCGGCAUUCGACACAGAUCCGCAGUUUACCGCGGAAGCACCGAAGAAAGCGCAACGAGACGACUGGAUGACCAUGCCUCCCACGCAGGACGAUCUCGCAGCACGCAUGGACCCGACCAAGAUGCGCGCACGGAAGUUCAACACGGGCAAAGGCGCUGGAGGCACAGGCGGCCUGAGCAGCGCAUGGACUGAGACGCCAGAGCAGAAGCUCAAGCGGUUACAGGACGAGGCCUUGGGCAUUGUGCCACCAUCCAACUCGUCCGCAGCUACCACAACAGAGUCAAGAAAGACCAAAGAUGAGGAGCGGAGGGCGCGCAAAAUCCGAGAGAAGAUCGACGCAGCGCGAGGAAAGAGUCUCGUGGACCAGCACCAGGAGAAGGGCACGGGCAAGGAGAAGGAAGAUGAUCCGAGCAAGCGCGCCUUCGACUACGAGAAAGACAUGGCAGUCAGCGGAACGGUCAAUCAUAAGCAGAGGAGGGAGAUGCUCAGUAAAUCCAAGGGUUUCAGCGAUCGCUUUUCAAGCGGCAGCUUUCUAUAG